AUGCAUUCGUACAUACGCCCCAAUACGCAUGUUGCGCUGCGGUUGCCAUCAGGCAUCCUCAAAGUUCUCGAGAUUACACCAAACCAAAGCAUUAAUCUUGGGAAAUUUGGCACGUUCAAUUCAAACCUUAUCCUCGGCCGCCCAUACUACCUCACCUUCGAACUCCUCGACAAGGACGAUGGCAAAUCGAGGACCGAGCUACGCGUCGUACCUGCCUCAGAACUUCACGCGGAAGCACUAGGUAACGAACAUGCGCCCACUGCCGAGGCCAACGAAGAGGUUGCCGAGAGCGGCGCGGGCUUUGACAUUGUGGACGAGGAUGGGCAGGUUCUCAUGCGAAACAACCGUUUGACCGUCGACGAUGCGUCAAGGCAGGCCCUGUCCAUGGCCGAGAUAGAGGAGCUUAAAAAGGCUGGCGCGGGAUCUGGCAAGGAAAUCAUCGCAAAAAUAAUGGCGUCGCAUAACGCUAUUGAUGAGAAGACUACAUUCUCUCUGGCAAAAUAUACCUUGAGGAAAUCGAGAAAGUAUAUGAAGCGUUUCACGGCGCUGCCACUGGAUGUUGGACUACUCACCGAGUACGUUCUUGAGAGAGAGGCGUACAAAAUCAUGGAGCUGAGAGAAGACCUACUAGGUCUGAUCUGCAGCUGGGCAAACAUUCAUUGCGGCUCAGCAAGCCGGGUCCUCGCUGCCGAAGACGGUGUCAGUCAGAUAGGAGGAGGAAGAUGGCUCGUUGUAGACGACACCGGUGGUCUCGUCACAGCAGCUCUUGCAGAGAGGAUGGGCAUAUUAUAUCCAGAAGAAGAGAAUGAUGAUUCAGAAGAGGAAGAAGAGGUUCACGGCCAGCAGCGAAACGGUACAACAGAAACAACCAACGGCCCGGAACAAAAUGGUACCGACACUGUUAUGGCAGAUGCAGACAUUUCAAGUACCACCGAGCAGAAUACAGCUACCUCGUCCGACCCGGUCAAUCCCACAGAACCCACAUCAACAGCUACUGUACCCUCAGAACCCCCUCUCCGCCACCGCAAACCGCCACGGCCACACAUCCCCCAAAUGUCCGCUCAAACAAACACCCUCACAGUCCUUCACCCCAACAACCAACCUAAUCUCUCUCACCUAAAAUACUUCGGUUACGACUACGGUGCUCCCGCUCCAUCGCAUCCCCUCUACAGACAUCUCAAGACCUUGUCCUGGCUCUCCCUUCUUCACCCUGAAGACGACCCCCAAUACGAUGAGCCAGAAAUCAUCAGCGACGAGAAAAUAGCAACCAUGAAGUCAAGUAAACGAGGGACGUACUACAAGAAACGGCGUCGGUGGGAACGGGUAAAAAGCGUCGUAGAUGAGACGCGUAGGGGCGGGUUUGAUGGUUUGGUCGUUGCAACGGCGAUGGAUGCAAAGACCGUCAUGAAAGAGCUAGUGCCCUUAGUGCGAGGUGGAGGCAGGAUCGUCGUGUACAAUCCUAAUGCCGAGCCACUCGUAGAAUUAUGCGAUUACUACUCCAAAGAGCGACGCGCAGCCUUCAUAGCUCGCGAAUUCGGUCCACCCACGCAACUACAGCAACUCAAUGGCAAACACUCUCGCAAGUUCGAGGAUGAUGUGGAUGCGAAUGAAAGUACCACGGAAGGUGGGAAUGAGGAGGAUGACUUCCCUCUCAAUCCAACAUUGCUGCUUGUACCAACAUUACAGACUGCGAGAGCGAGACAAUGGCAAGUCCUGCCUGGCCGCACGCAUCCUAUGAUGACGAGCAAAGGCGGUGCAGAGGGGUACCUGUUUACUGCUACCCGGGUACUGCCGAUCGAGGGGAGAGUGGAGGCUAGGGGACAUCAUGGGAAGAAGAAAAGGAAGACUGGG